CCUGCCUUCCUCACCCUGUAUUAAUUUUUAUCCAAACAAUCAUUGAAAGUUUUCAAAACCCCUCUCCCUUUUCUCGUCACUUCCUCAACUCAUAUCUCGAAACCCUCAAUAGGCUGUCUCCAAUAUCCCAUCUUUUCUUCCUAAUCAAAUCGGAAAAGGGUUUUUCAAUUCAAGCCUCCAAUCAAUCCCGAAGAAGAAGAAGAAGAUGAUGAUAAUGAUGAAAAUGAUGAAAAGAAGAAGCUGCAAAGAAUCAGAAUCCUUAGCACAGGGUUCUUCUGUCACUUCCUUUUUUUAUCGAGUAUUCCUCCGCCCAAGAAUUCGGUGACUUUGGGUGCUCUUUCUUCUUCACGUUCGGGCUGAAAAUCCAUUAUUGGAACAGAAGCGUCUGCGUCAAAUUCAAGCGCCUUUAAAGCAGGGAAUGAACCAGGUACUGAUCACACAAGGCGGUAUAUUAUGAAAGUACUGAUCAGAAUUCAGAGAACAACUAUAGUUGUGGAAAUUAUGAGUCUAGCAUUGACCAAAAUGCAGGCAACGUUUCUGAUAAUAGGGAUCACGGAAAUUAUGAAUCAGGUUUUUAUCAAACUGUAGGAAUGUAUGCAGAUUAUGGUUAUGGAAGCUAUCAGUCAAGUACUGACCAAAAUGGUGGCAGCAAAGAUUCUUCUAGCUAUGGAAGCUAUGAGAGUUACUAUGGGCAAUAUGAGAAUAACUGGGUUGAUGGGUCAGCAACCAUUGUACCAGACACCACAGGGGUGAGUGACAUUGGGGGUGCAAGUACCAAAAAAGAGGGGGCGAGGAAUGAGUUGCCAACAGAAAUCUUUGAGGUGGAGCAGUGUAUGAGUUGAUGAAGGACAGACCAAGAGAGGAACAGGUCAAGUUGACUGGAAUUGCUUUUGGGCCUUCUUACCAGCCUGCUUCAACAAAGGGGAAACCUCCAAAGCUUCACGAAAGGAAGUGUCAGACUGGUUCUUAUACUUUAUCGUGAAGCAGAAAGAGAUGGAACUAGCUAGCAGAGAGCCAUGCCCCCGCCAGAGGUUUUCCUCACAAAAGCAGAAAUUCAAGCCAAGUAUUGAUCGUGAUUUUUAAGGAUGGGACAUUAGAAAAACUGCUGUUAAUUUCUUGCUGAAAUUUACUGUGGUUACAGUGAUAACCCCGUAAUGUUACUAUUGAACUACAUCAGUAAUUAAGAGUGGUUCCACAU